CGAGAACAGAGCGUUUUCCCUAUCGAUCGUAAUCGCGAUUUGCGUUAGCUAAGCCAACAAUAGCGAAUAAAUGAACAAGACAAGGCGGAAACCGAUUUGAAUGUUGAUUUUCGCGUACGGGAGUGAAUUGAAACUGCACGCCCAAAUCGGGGGUUCAUCGUACGCAAACCGUCGUAGAACUUGAGCCAAUAUUUAAACUAUUUUAUCGUUUUCGCCAUGGUGUUGCCGGCCGCCUCGACAUUAUGCAACGUAUUUACAUUUCUGCUCGCUGGCUCCCCAAUCUUCUACAGCGCCGCUCCGCGUGGAUCCUGCUCGACGUGCUGUGCGAUUAAGGAGCGCGAGGACAUCAAGUUCAUGCUGUACACCAGCCGGAACCGCAAUGCCGCCCAAAUGCUCCACCUGAGCGACGAGGCCCGGCUGGCGCAGAGCAAUUUCAAUUUCAAUUACCCGCUGGCCAUCUAUCUGCACGGUUUUUCGGAAUCGGCCACCGGCGAACGGCAGAGCAGCCAGGAGCUGAAGGACGCCUUCCUGCGGAGGGGCAACUACAACGUCAUCCUCAUCGACUGGAGCGCGAUGACGGCGGUGCCCUGGUACUCGAAUGCCGUGGAGAACCUCCCGGUGACGGCCCGCUACCUGGCCAGGUUCCUGCGCUUCCUGGUGGACAGGGGCUAUCCCGCCAAGUACAUCCACCUGAUUGGCUUCAGCCUGGGCGCCGAGGUGGCCGGGUUCGCCGGCAAGCAGCUGCAGGAGUGGGGCAUCAAGCUGCCCCGGAUCACGGCCCUCGAUCCCGCCCUGCCGCUCUUCGAGGGCAACAGCUCCAACCGGCGGCUGAGUCCCAGCGACGCCAGGUUCGUGGACGUCAUCCACACGGACGGAGGCCUCCUGGGCAACCCGGCGCCCAUGGGGCAUGCGGACUUCUAUCCCAACGGAGGGAGGCCACUGCAGCCGGGUUGUGCCAAGCAGAAUAUUGCCAACAACUGGUUGGGGAUAAUUGUUGGUUGCAGCCACCAGCGAGCGUGGGAGUACUUUGUGGAGAGUGUGGCGCAACCCCGAGGCUUCCCCGCCCAGCGCUGCGAGCCCUCCGAAAUGUUUGGCAUUUGCCGGGAGCCGGGAAAAGGCCCCGCCCUCAUGGGCCUGGGGGCGGAUCCCAGGAUUCGUGGCAAGUUCUUUCUGGAUACGAACGACGCCAAGCCGUUUGGACGGAGCAGCCGGACGAGGGCAACUGCCUCGUUGGCUCCUCGGCUGCCCAUUGCCUACAAAUUGCCACCUAAUGCCACCAGACAGCCAUCUGUCAGUCGGUGGCUUUCGGGCCAGCAGGAGCGGGACGAAGGACGCGAGGAGGCGGACGAGGACAACAACACUCUGAGCAACAACAUUGACAGGUUCUCACUGACGUGACGAAAUUCGGUUGGUUCUCGAAGAAUGCUCGAGUGGGGCAAUUUCCCCUUCCCCAGAGUGUCCUCCAGCAUUGGAUGAGAUUUAUGUGGGCGCUUGACUCCCCAACCCCACCCACGAUUCAGCUCCAUGUUGCAUUUGCAGGCAACAGUUCUUGUGAUCUUCCUUUUAAGUAUUUCUAGCACGUAAUCAGGGCAUUUGUAAGCCGUUUGAAUAAAUAUUCCUAAG